AUGAACGCUGCUAAUGACAUCCAUAUUCUUGUUGUCGAUAGAAUGCCAGUUGAAGUGCUCCUUGUAAAAGUCGAAGACUACUCCAAUGUUGCCGAAUACUUGGUUCACUGCUUUGUCCUUGACAUCGGGCUCGCCCUCGGAUCGGAUAAGUUGCCCAGGAAGAUCGCUCUCGUCAAAGCUGUGCUUGGCGUCGUGGACCGCUCGGUAGUAGCUUUCUUUAGGAUCUUUAUCCUUGCCUUCGCCGUCGAAGGCCGGUUUCUGCUCGGUUGGUACAGCUGUGGAGGUCCACAAUCACGGAGGAGUUCAAACAACCUAGACCUGCUUGCGAGAUUCUCACGCGGCCAAGCACUUGCUGGAGGUGCUCAAGGUCUCGGCGAGCCCGAGAACGGGUGGUCUCAUCCGCUUUGUCUGAGUCGGCGACAUGUCGUAGCAGCGCGUCGGGCACAAUUCGACGGCGAGCUGGGGCCUUAG